UGGAACUGCCGGUUCCUGAGACAAACAGGAAACUUCUCGCGCCCUCUCAGCAUCCUCUCCUCCUUGCUCCCUGGACCAGCGCAAGACAAAUACUCAGCAGGUAUCUCAGACAGCGGGAAUAUCUAUCAGAUAGGCCUAUCUACCAUUUUCUAUCAUAUAUAGGCUACAUCUUUCGUAUAUCAUUUACAAUCAUUUAUAUUACUGCUAUUGCAAGAGGCAACUGGGCAUUAUUUCUGAUUUGUCUCUUUAAAACAUUUGGUGAGUGCCUCUUGUCUUAUCCUAAUUGACUAUGUUGAUGAGGAUUCAUCUCAGCAAAUAACGUUGGAGUGAGCACAUGGCUUUGGCAUGGUUUGUUUACUUACUUUUAUAGCUCGUUUAUCUGGGAGAAGAGCAGGGAGUUUUGUGGAGUUUUUUUUUCUUUUUUCUAUUUUGUCAUUGUAAUAUGAGCACUAUAAUAAUUUCACUGAUUACGCAGUUUGUAUUUUGGCCCGUUCCACUACUGUCAAAUAUUCAUACAGACAGCUUGGACACAUCUGGACCCGAUAUGCUCUGAUCAGCAACUGAAAUGAUUUGGUUUAUUUUCAGAUUUCUCCGUGACAUCGGGCUUUCGUCCACACAGAUCCACAGAUAAACGAAGCCACCUAGAAAACCAUCAUGUUUUACUUCCACUGUCCCCCUCAGCUAGAUGGAGAAUGCUGUCGGACUAAUACGCGUAAGUAGGCUAGACCGUAGCCUACAAUGCAGCAACUUUUGACUGCUUCGCAAUAGAUAGGCUAGAACGUGUUGACAGUUGUUUUAUUUGGGAAAAGCAGGUUUAUAACUAUAUCACUCUAUAACUUCUCUAUCUUUGCAAUCAAGUUUAAAUAUUUGUAGCCUAAUGCUACUCCGGAAUAGGCUGUAAGAAGAGUGGUUUAAGUUGAAUGACUCAUGAAAACUGCAAACAUCUGAAUAACAUAUUUGUAUCACUUUAUUUCAUUGUGGUAAAUAAAGUGUGUCUGUGUGUGUGUGUGUGUGUGUGUGUGCGUGUGUGUGCGUGUGUGUGUGUGUGUGUGUGUGUGUGUGUGUGUGUGUGUGUGUGUGUGUGUGUGUGUGUGUGUGUGUGUGUGUGUGUGUAGCCCCGGGGCUGAGGCAGGUGUGUUGUCCCGUCUGCGGCCACAUGUGUUUUGGUGUCAUGCCUCUCAGACCGGGACAUCAAUGUUUGCAUGGCUCUAAUAACAUGAAUACACUAGAUCAUAGCCCGUUUCAAUGGGCCAUCCUAUUUAUUCACAUCCUAAAAAUAAAAUCCUGCUUAAUUAGUAUUCCGUUCAAUUUAGGUUUGUUAUUUUUAUUGGUAAAAUAUGUUGCAAAGUGUUUCCAUGUUGGGUUUGAAGUGAAAACAAACGAAAAUAUAUUCAAUUUAUUUAUAUCAACAAGUAUUUGUAUUGGAACAUUUCUUAGAUGAUGUUGUUAUGUUUCCAGUGAACAGCAACGGGUUUGCCAACCAUGCGUCAGCAGGUGAUUUUGAUGACGGCUUUCUGCGGAGAAAACAGCGGAGAAAUAGAACAACAUUUACUCUACAACAGGUAGCAACCAAUUAUAACGAAUUUAAUCCAGUGCGAACAAAACCAUGUGUCAAGCUAGCUAGGCUAUACACAUGUAAUAUUCCAUAAUAAUGUUGAUAAAGAUUAUUAUGAUGACGCUUGUCAUUAUUUCCACCAUAAAAAUAAAAUAUAGCACUUCCUUAUUGCUUGCAUAGCAUUUUGUUGCCUACAUAGGCUAGUCAAAUAUACAAUUGUGUGUAGUGUUAUUAACAUGAAUAAUAAACUCGCAUAACUUUAAAACUCAGCAUAUUAUAUUUUCCCCUUUCACAGUUGGAGGCUUUGGAGGCUGUGUUUGCGCAGACUCACUACCCCGAUGUUUUUACACGUGAGGAACUGGCCAUGAAGAUCAACCUGACUGAGGCGCGUGUCCAGGUGAGCACACACACGCACGCACACACACACACACACACACACACACACACACACAAGGCACUCUGUCAUUCUCUUGAUGAGCAUUAAUAAUUUAUCCACUUCGAUGUAAAGUCCUCUGUUUUGGGGAUCUGUGUGGUUCUGGUACUGGUUACCACCGACAUUUUCACUUAUAAAUCAAUCUGUGGACACUGUAGAUUGGAAUGGCUUGCAUAGAGCAGUAGCCCUGAUUCUCACAGACACAGGAGUAUGUCUCUUUUGCUGGUGUGAAGCAGGAUGUGAAAACUGACACCACUUGAAGCUGGGAUGUCCCUCCUACCAUUUAAUUUGCUCUUCUGACUGUCCAUUAACUCCAGGCUAAACCCUAUGUCACAGCCACUAACAACACAUAUGCCUGCAAUCCUUACAUCAUAACGCAGUAGAAGAGAGUGAUUCCUUCACUGUAGCACAUUCAGAGAUCGAUUUAUAGCCAGUAAUCUAAAAUAAUUAAUAGAUUCUAAACAAAAAACACCUUCUGUUUGUCAUAGACGGACAAGAUUAAUAUGAGAUGAAAGGCGAGUUCCUAAUGAGUUCAGGAAGCCAUGUUAGAGCUCUGUGAGAUGUUCACAGCGAUGGGGUCAGACGUUUUGAUCAAGAGAGACCUUUAGAAAAUAUGGACAUUUUCUCUAACACUACAUAUACAAAUGUGUAUUUUACAGUUAUAUGGAAGGGUGACAUCUUAUAGUUAGUCAUUUUAUACAUUUAUUAUACUAUAUUUAGAACAAAUAUAAGUCAUUUCAAGCCUUAUUCAUACAGUUUUGUUUAAUAGGAAUUACGUCAUAUAAAAUAUUUAAUAUUUUCAUAUUGUUAUCAUAUUUGUACUGUGUACUUGAGCUUGUGUCCUCAAAAUUGACUACACCUUAGCAAUGUAUAACAAUUUUUUACCAGAAAGGUGAGAUUUUAACCUUUCUUGGAGUAUGCAGCAUUACUAGUUAUUGUUUAUGGCCCUCUCAUGAUAAAUGAUUACUUUUGGGGAUGAAGUAGAUUAUAUUUUCGAUUACAUUUAGUUACAUUUAAGAGGUUUUAAUAACAUCAACAUAAUGGUGAAUAUUAGAUUAGGUUGAUUAAUCGGUCAUUCAUAAUUAACCAGCGAUAAUGUUCUUCACUAAUUUGUCCACAUCUCAAAGGUACAAAAUAAAUGCAUCAUCCACGGGUGUCCAUUUCCAUGGCUCGGAAAAAAAGAAGCAUAAGGGAUGCUUUUAAAGACAGCAGUAGAUACAAAUGUUAAGACAGCAUUAAGGAUGUACACGCUCACACCCACACAUGCACACCCACAAACACACCUUAACAUUAUUUUUAAAUUUGUCCAUUUAUAUUCUGACCCUGCCCUCCACAUAUGCUUGGUUAUAAACUUGUCCAGUUGUAAUUGAAUUCAGUGUGUCCUGUAUGUAAUUCCAUGCAUUCCAGAUUUGCUUUUGGGUUUUGUUGUGAGCGCAGAUCUAAUUGUAGGAAAUAUAAUAGUUAGGCUUUGCUUCCCCUGGGUCAUCUUACUAUCGCUUAAAGCCGACAGCGCGCAGGAUAAUGGAAUCCCAAGCUGUAAAUUAGGGAUUGUAAACAAAUUAUUCUGUUCUAAUCCGAUUACAACAUUCUUAUUAUUAAAUCUGAACAUGAAUCGGCUGCAGCAUACAGGGACAUUAUUAUUAGAAAAUAAAUGUCCUUUCGGUUGUAGUGUUGUUGGCUUGUCUUUAUUGUGCUGUGCAUGUCAAUGGAUUUCCCCCCUACUUAAAGCACGUGCUAAAUGGAGAUUAAUGUAGCAAUUACCGGCCAUUCAGAGGGACGGGAUCACGACUCUUUAGCUAUAAGGUGCUGUAAGGUGCAGGGGUGAGAUAGUCGUCUCACAAUGACAACAAGCCGCCAUAUUGUUGUCCUGUCACUAAACCAAACUGUUGUCCUUUUCUUUUACAUCGAUUGAAUGCGAUUCAUUUUGUUUGGAUGUUGACAUCAUUGUACCUCGGCUCGUCGUACAAUAGUGACUGUUCUGUCCCACGUGCAGGUCGCAUGCCGUUGUUCUGAUUCGCACCCCCCUCCAACCAAUUCCAUUCACACACAUCAUGAUUAAUGCGUGCGCGAGCGUAGUCUUAAUCGAAUCUGAUGUUGUCAAACAAUCACUAAAUAGGGGAAUAAACGACUUAAUCACAGUUCUCUCACUCAGGCACCGACUGUCAGUGGGAAGUCAUUAAAAUAUGAUAAUGAAAAAUUGCUCAAUUAAAUGUUGUUAUAGGCAAUGACCUUCAUUCAAUUAGGAUAUAGUAGUUGGCAGUAUGUGGCGGGCUGGAGACUAUGGGUGGGUGAAGUUUGGGAGAAGUUGCAGUGCAAAGUCACUCAGGCAAAGAGCUUUGGUCCAACACACACGCACACUCACACACACUCACACACACACACAGGGACAUUUUUAUCUUUAUAUUAUCAUGAACCAAAAAUGACAUGAAUUUUUGAUACAUUGGAUAAUAAGACACAAUAGACCGUGUCCAUAUUUCAGUGCUGAGACAUGAUUAAUGAAAUCUGUCAAUUUUCUGACAGACUGAAUAGUACCUUCCACUCCUGGGUGCAUAAAUACAAAGAUGCUGUGUCUCUUUUGAAAAAUGAUUUUAUCUCGAUGAGACUGAACAAAAUUUCAACAUACAAAAGCAGGUAUUGAUUAGACUACUUUAAAUUGCACAAGGGAGAGAGAGUGCAUGGAGCAACAUUUCUUUUUUUCCUCCUCUCCUCCUGUCUAGGUGUGGUUCCAGAAUCGCAGGGCCAAGUGGAGGAAGACGGAAAGAGGGAGUACAGACCCCGACGGAGGUAAGGAGCAGAUGAACGAGGGAGGCACUCCUCCGUCCAGGAGUCUGAACUCCCAGUGUCCUGUGGACCAGAGCAGGAAACAGAAGGAACCUCUGGAGAUGCAGCAGAGGUGAGAGAACAGGGAUGGGGACAUAGGUGGGGACAGGGACAUUGGUGCAUGGGGACAGGGAUGAGUUUGUGGGGAUCGUUCCCUUUCAGAGUUAGGCCUCUUCUCCCAUGACAAGUUUUUUUUUUUUUUUUCCAGUAGCCGGUGACGUUGACGCUGUUAUGUGGUGCUGAAUGCCUGAAUUUUGAGAUUCUGAUUUAGCCACUGUCCAUGGUGUUGAAAUCUCACUUUCCCAGGGGCCAGUAACGUUGCAGCUGUACCUCACGGCAGCUGUCCACUGUUACGUGGUGCUCAACAACAGAUCACAGGAUUCUGAGUGUGCAGCUGUCCGUGGUGCUGAAAUCUCAGUUAUUUGCUUGUUGUUUACAUCGGAACUUCUACACGUGAUUCAUUCACCACAAAUGCUAACCCACUCCUCUUCCCCUCCUCUUCACUUUCCUUCAGUUGCAAGAUAACCAUAAUCUCUUAUCUCUGCUCUGAGUCAUUUUAAACGAACCUCCCUCCUCUCUCUUCCCACAGUAUAAACCGAGCGGUGGGUCCUGGCGGGCCGUUCUUCCCAUCCUGUCUACCAGGGACCCUCCUGAACUCAGCCACCUAUGCCCAGGCUCUGUCGCACGUUGCCACAAUGAAGGGUAAGUUAACACAGCUAAAGCUUACUACAAGCUCUACGGAGACGCAAGAUUCAGAACGUAGCGCAGUGUUGCAAUGUUGUUUUUCAUCACAAAAGGGGUGGCUCCUUGUAGAUACGCUCCGGCAUUCAACAUACUUUUGUACUACCUGAAAAAUAAGAUGUGCCAUAUCAUUCCUUCUGCAGCUGUGGGUGCAGUGUUGUCGCUUGAUUCCUUGAUCUGAUCUAUAGGCUAUAUACGCUAUUCAUCAAAGUAGCCUAUUUUGCAUUGAUAACCAAAUAUAAUCUCAGCAACUGUUGAAACAGUACACCAAACAACAAGAAUCCACCAAAAAAGUUAUUUUGUUUAGAAGUACAGUACCAGUCAAUAGUUUGGACACACCUACUCAUUCAAGGGUUUUUCUUUAUUUUUACUAUUUUCUACAUUGUAGAAUAAUAGUGAAGACUUCAAAACUAUGAAAUAACACAUGGAAUCAUGUAGUAACCAAAAAAGUGUUAAACAAAUCAAAAUAUAUUUAAUAUUUGAGAUUCUUCAAAUAGCCACCCUUUGCCUUGAUGCACCAAUUUGUAAGUCGCUCUGGAUAAGAGCGUCUGCUAAAUGAUGUAUAUGUAAUUACAGCUUUGAACACUCUUGGCAUUCUCUCAACCAGCUUCACCUGGAAUGCUUUUCAAACAGUCUUGAAGGAGUUCCCACAUAUGCUGAGAACUUGUUGGCUGCUUUUCCUUCACUCUGCCGUCCAACUCAUCCCAAACCAUCUCAAUGUGGUUGAGGUCGAGGGAUUGUGGAGGCCAGGUCAUCUGAUGCAGCACUCCAUCACUCUCCUUCUUGGUAAAAUAGCCCUUACACCGCCUGGAGGUGUGUUGGGUCAUUGUCCUGUUGAAAACAAAUGUCCCACUAAGCCCAGACCAGAUGGGAUGGCGUAUCACUGCAGAAUGCUGUGGUAGCCAUGCUGGUUAAGUGUGCCUUGAAUUCUAAAUAAAUCACAGACAGUGUCACCAGCAAAGCACCCCCAUGCCAUAACACCUCCUCCUCCAUGCUUUACGGUGGGAAAUACACAUCCGGAGAUCAUCCGUUCCCCCACACCGCGUCUCACAAAGACACAGUGGUUGUAACCAAAAAUCUCAGAUUUGGACUACAGACCAAAUGACACAUUUCCACCGGUCUAAUGUCCAUUGCUUUUGUUUCUUGGCCCAAGCAGGUCUCUUCUUAUUAUUGGUGUCCUUUAGUAGUGGUUUCUUUGCAGCAAUUCGACCAUGAAGGCCUGAUUCACACAGUCCCCUCUGAACAGUUGAUGUUGAGAUGUGUCUGUGACUUGAACUCUGUGAAGCAUUUAUUUGGGCUGCAAUUUCUGAGGCUGGUAACUCUAAUGAACUUAUCCUCUGCAGCAGAGGUAACUCUGGGUCUUCCAUUCCUGUUAUGGUCCUAAUGAGAGCCAGUUUCAUCAUAGCGCUUGAUGGUUUUUGCGACUGCACUUGAAGAAACUUUCAAAGUUCUUGAAAUGUUCCGUAUUGACUGACCUUCAUGUCUUAAUGUAAUGAUGGACUGUUGUUUCUCUUUUUGCUUAUUUGAGUUGUUCUUGCCAUAAUAUGGACUUGGUCUUUUACUAAAUAGGGCUAUCUUCUGUAUACCUCCAAUACUUUGUCACAACACAACUGAUUGGCUCAAACGCAUUAAGAAGGAAAGAAAUUCCAGAAAUUAACGUUUAAGGCGGCACACCUGUUAAUUGAAAUGCAUUCCAGGUGACUACCUCAUGAAGCUGGUUGAGAGAAUGCCAAAAGUGUGCAAAGCUGUCAUCAAGGCAAAGGGUGGCUAUUUGAAGAAUCUAAAAUCUAAAAUAUGUUUUGAUUUGUUUAACACUUUCUUGGUUACUACAUGAUUCCAUGUGUUAUUUCAUAGUGUUGAUGUCUUCACUAUUAUUCUACAGUGUAAAAAAUAGUAAAAAUAAAGAAAAACCCUUGAAUGAGUAGGUGUGUCCAAACUUUUGUCUGGUAGUGUAAUAACUAGUGAUUCCAGGCUAUUGUGAAAUGGUAUAACCUGCUGUAGCCAACUAGCUCGUGUGUUUUUUUCUCUGUGAACUAAACAUGAUGACGCUCUAUUUUGAGCUGAUAUCGGAAUGAAUACACAAGCAGCAUAUCAAACUGGGAUAAUGUUUUACGUUAAACCGGCAAGUAUACGAAUAUAAUGUAUACUGUAUGACCAAAAGUAUGUGGACACCUGCUCGUUGAAUAUCUCAUUCCAAAAUCAUGGGCAUUAAUAUGGAGUUGGUCCCCCCUUUGCUGCUAUAACAGCCUCCACUCUACUGGGAAGAAUUUCCACUAGAUGCUGGAACAUUGCUGCGGGGACUUGCUUCCAUUCAGCUACAAGAUUAUUAGUGAGGUUGGGCACUGAUGGUGGGCAUUUAGGCCUGGCUCGCAGUCGGCGUUCCAAUUCAUCCCAAAGGUGUUUGAUGGGGUUGAGGUCAGGGCUCUGUGCAGGCCAGUCAAAUUCUUCCACAUCGAUCUCGACAAACCAUUUCUGUAUGGACCUAGCUUUGUGCACGGGGGCAUUGUCAUGCUGAAACAGGAUACUGCCUUCCCUAAACUGUUGCCACAAAGUUGGAAGCACAGAAUCGUCUAGAGUAUCAUUGUAUGCUGUAGCAUUAAGAUUUCCCUUCACUGGAACUAAGGGGCCUAGCCCGAACCAUGAAAAACAGCCCAGACCAUUAUUCCUCCUCCACCAAACUUUACAGUUGGCACUAUGCAUUCAGCAGGUAGCGUUCUCCUGGCAUCCGCCAAACCCAGAUUUGUCCGUCGGACUGCCAGAUGGUGAAGCGUGAUUCAUCGCUCCAGAGAACGCGUUUCCACUGCUUCAGAGUCCAAUGGCGGCGAGCUUUACACCACUCCAGCCGACGCUUGGCAUUGCGCAUAGUGAUCUUAGGCUUGUGUGAGGCUGCUCGGCCAAGGAAACCCAUUUCAUGAAGCUCCAGAUGAACAGUUAUUGUGCUGACAUUGCUUCCAGAGGCAGUUUGGAACUCGGAUCUGAGUGUUGCAACCGAGGACAGGCGAUUUUUACGCGCUAUGAGCUUCAGCACUCGGCGGUCCCGUUCUCUGAGUUUGUGUGGCCUACCACUUCGCGGCUGAUGUUGCUCCUAGAUGUUUCCACUUCACAAUAACAGCACUUACAGUUGACCGGCGCAGUUCUAGCAGGACAGAAAUUUGACGAACGUACUUGUUGGAAAGGUGGCAUCCUAUGACGAAAGUCACUGAGCUCUUCAGUACGGCCAUUCUACAGCCAAUGUUUGUCUAUGGAGAUUACAUGGCUGUGUGCUAGAUUUUAUAAACAUGUCAGUAAUGGGUGUGGCUAAAAUAGCUGAAUCCACUAAUUUGUAGGGGUGUCCGCAAACUCUUGUAUAUAUAGUGUAUAUGUAUGCAGGUAGAUCAACGGAGUGAAGCUUGUAGUAACCUUAACAGUUAACACAACUAACACACUCAAUGGUAAGAGGAGAGGAGGAGGAUGGUGAUGGUGGUGGUGAUGAUAUACAUACCUUACUGUAUUUGUAAGAAACCCUUAAACAAUUUCCUGACCCUGACCUGUGUGUUUAUUUCUGUGUGUGUGUGUGUGUAUAACCAGGAGGUGGUCUGUGCUCUUGCUGUGUUCCUGACCCAAUGGGCCUGUCCUUCCUGCCCCCCUAUGGUUGUCAGGGCAACCGUACAGCCAGCGUGGCAGCCCUGCGGAUGAAGGCCCGUGAGCACUCUGAGGCCGUGCUGCAGUCAGCCAACCUGCUGGGGGCUGGCCAUGGGCAUGGUGCUGGAGUAGGAGGCCUGUCCGAGGUCGGGGUUUCCGGGAAUGGGUUGACAAGGCCCGGGAUGGGCCCUGCCCUGGGAGUUAUAUCUGGAUCAGUGUCGGGCGUCUCUGGAGCCGUGGGGAGAGGAGCAGGGGGCGGACUUACUCUCAGCCCAGUCUCCAAGACCCCGACUCAGGGUAGUGGGUCUGACAAACAACCCCUCUGCCCCAAGGAACCACUCGAGAAAAAGUGA